CCCAUAUAACCUCAAAUUAUAAAAAGUUUGUUCUUCUGUGAUAAACUCUUACAGUCUAUCUGUUCUUAUAUUAUCUAGGGCCAAAACACACCUAAUUGAUGAAUCAUGGCAAUUAUGGUCAUUGAAUCACUCAGUAAUUCUUAAACUUUUCGUACGGUUUGUCAUCAUUUUCAUAGUUCAUAGAUAAUAGAAUAUAAUGUAUGUUGUGAAUUAAAAAUUAACUAUUAUAACUAUUUGACUAGUGCAUUCAAAAUUCUAUUAAUGAACCUAAAUAAAUAACUUAGUACUUAAUAUUUAUGUUUUCGUGUAAAUUCAAUACACAGGUAUGAACUAAAUACAUUUUAAUUAAAAUGUUCUAAUAUUUUAUCAUUUGUGAUAUAAGUAUUUGAUUUUAUUUGUUUUCUCAUUGGUUAACUAUUAUUACUUAGUAGCGUUGUUUGCAACCAUUCAUACAGUAAGUAGUACUGAGAAGACUUGUUAUAAUAUAAGUUAUAAGUAUAGAAGUUAUUUUAUUAAACUUCAAAAUAUUUUGAUCACAACAAUUAAUUUUAUUGUGUAACAGUAUCUUUUAUAGAUGCUUACAUUUCCAACUUUGUGCUGUUGGUGGCUCCCUUAUAUAUUCAGGUUUCAUCCAGCAAUAAUUUUAAUGCUAUUUUGAUAAAAUCAUAUUAUUAUAACCAGAGUGAUCACAUAUCGCACACAGCAUUAUAUUUAAAAUAUUUAAUAUUAUAAUAUUACUUAUAUAACAAAUAUAAUUGAUUUCUUAUUUAUUUAUUCCUGGUAAAAAUAUGAUUCGGACAUAAUAUAUUUUUAUCAAAAAUUUGAUAUUUAAUCAUUACCUAGUGUUAUGUAUAUUUGUAAAUACAAUGCAGUGUUUAUUAUUAUUUAAAACUAUAAAUUAAUCAAUUAGAUGUAUUUACUUCAGUUUUAGAAGAAAUGUUUACUUGUUCAAUAUGCGAUGAAACAUUUGUUGGAGUCGAUCAAGAUUCUAUUUAUACAACACGUUGUGGUCAUGUAUUUCAUCACCGUUGUCUGACAGAAUGGCUAGAUAGGUAUAAAAUUUAAAUUAUUUGCGUUAGAUAUACUAUAUAGUAUAUAUAUAUAUAUAUAUAUAUUUUUUUUAACAAUUUAGGGCACAUACUUGCCCACAUUGUCGUUCAGCAGUAACCAAAAAUAAUUUAUUAAAAUUGUUCUUACAAGUUGAUCCUAAUGCUCGGGUAAUAUGGAAUAGGAAAACUGAAGAAGAACUAAAUUCAUUAAAGUAAACAGUGAAUUCAAAUAUGUUUGCAAUACAUAUCUUAUAUUACAUAUAAUUUAAUUUAAAUACUAAUUUUGAUAAAUAAAAAAUUGUUAUAACUUUAGUGAACAGUUAAAAACCUUAGGUGGAAGAGAAAAGUAUUUUGUUAGUACUAUAACAAGUCUUGAAACUCAAUUAGAAAAUGUACAAGCGGUGAAUAGAACAUAUAACCAAUCUGUCCAAAUUGCAAAACUUGAAUGUGAACUGCUAAAAUCAAAACUUAGAGUGCUUACUAAUCAAUUGGCAACAAUUAAUAUGUAAGUAAUUUUAAAAGUGUUUUAAAUAGUGUAAUAAUUUUUAUUUAUUUUGUUACAUUCUUUUUGGAAUUUUUAUAUUAUUUAAUAAAAUUUCAUUAUUUUUAGAAAUUAUAAAUUAUUAGAUGAUAUUAAAAAAAAUAUUGAAACUCAAUUUUCAUUAGAAAAGGUUAAGAAUAAAUCACUUGAAAAAAGUCUUUAUGAAUUACAAUGUGUUAACUCUGUUAUUAUCGAGUAAGUAAUUCCUGUUUCAAUUUAAAUAAAUUACUCUAUAGUAUAUACUAAUUUAUGAUGUUUUACCGAUUAGCAAAUUGAAAUUUGAAAUAGCUGAUUUAAAAACAGAAAAAGCUUAUUUUCAAAGCAAAUGUCACAAUUUAGAAAAUGGAAAUAAUUGUGCUGUACCAAGUACAUCAAAGGUAUUAUAUUUCCUGGUCAUAAUAUGAUAUUUUUGACUAUAUUGUUUGGUUUGAAAUUAUCAUAAGCCACCAUUAAUUUAAUUAUACAUUAAACACUUAAAAUGACAACAAACUUAAUACACGAAUGCAUGUUACAAAAAUUCUUUUGUCAUAUAUUACUUAUUGUUUUCGUACUAUAUUAGUAAUGGUACACGCUGUGUAUUUAAAUAAAAAUAAUAUAUAGGAUGAUUUUUUUAUCAUGGACCAGCAAUUAUCUCUGAAGAUUUUAAGUGAAUUUGAUUUCUGUUUUUUCUAAUCAUUUUGGAAUCAUUUAAGCUUUAUUUUGAAACCAUUUAAAUUUUUACCCCUACUCCAUAUACCUUAAAUAAGUGCAUACUUUUGAUUUUCAAAUCAGAACCCCUACUUUUGGACACAGAUUUGAAAAGAGAAUGUUUUUCUAGAAAUUUUGUCUAUUCAAAUCUGUGUUUAAAAAGGGAGGGUUUCCUAUUUGAAAAUCAAAAGUAUGCACUUAUUUAAGGUAUAUGGAGUAGGGGUAAAAAUUAAAACGGUUUUAAAAUAAAGCUUAAAUGAUUCCAUAAUGACUAGAAAAAACAUAUAUCAAAUUCCCUUAAAAUCCUAUGAGAUAAUUACUGGUUUAUGAUGAAAAAAAUUGCCCUGUAUAGUUAACAUAACUAUUUAACAAAUGUAAUAAUUUUGGGGUUAAUUUAAAUAUCUUUUAGUUAAGUUUUAAUUUUUAGAAAAUAAAAAAUUUAAAAUUUAAAAAAAUAAAUCAAGUUAACAAUUUCUUGAAUCCAAUUUUUAGAAAAAUGCUGGGGUGAACAACUUUUAUUAAGUUUGUACUAAGGUUGAGUUAAUUAUUUUUAAACAAUUUUUAAAAUUUUGUGAAAUUGAUAUUUUUUGUGCAUUAAUUUUUAAAUAGUCAAUUUGAUUUUUCUAUGAAAUAUGUACAAUAGUACAUUUAAUAUAUUUUUCUUAUAUUAAUUUAAGCUGUGAGUUUGAUUAACACUUAUCAUUUAUCGUUAUUCAAAUAUAAUUUAUUUUUUGUAAAAUUGGGAAGAAAUAAAUUUAAUUUUAACAAACUUUACAAAUUGUUUAAAAAUUAAUUAUAUAUCUUAAUUGAUGGAUUUAAGUAUCAAAUUUUUUAAUAGAAUAUCUGUCUUGGAUGAAAGGAAAAAUAUUAAUAAAAGAUCUAAAUUAUUUAAUUUUAGUUGUAAAGUAAUAAAAUAAAAUAUAAAAAUUAAUGCGCAAAGCUUUAGUUAUUAUAUUUGUUAAAUAAUUCUGUUAUAUCCUGUAUACAUUUGGAGACUGACAUUGCCUAUAAUGUAUGUAUUUUGAUCAUUUGAAAUAAGAAUUUACUAGUUGCAAUUAGUUUUUACUGAAAAUUAUAAUCCAAAUUGUUUUAUUUGUGGCUUUUAAGUAAAUAUUAGUUUAAUUUAAUCCUUUACAUCAGUACAUCACAAUGUGAGUAGGUACCUACAAUAGAUGUAUAGAUAAAGAUAAUUUUUGAUUUCAAUGACUUGACAUUUUAGAAAACUAUUAAUUUUAUUUAGAAUUUUUUUAUUAGAAAACACUUUUUUGGUAUUGUUAAAAAUAUUCCAUACAAUUCAAUUUAUACGCUUUUUGCCCAAUAAUAUUUUUUUUUAAAUCUUUCUAGAUACCUAACAAUGUUUCAAUAAAAAUUAAAUGUUUAACUAGUUUUUACUAACUAAGUGUAAAUAAAAUAAUUUGGUUCAUAGUCCAGUGAUUCUCAAAUUUGUAUUCAAGCUCAUAAAAAUAAAUUAUGUUAAACAUCAAUUUGUUUGAGUGUAUUAAUGUAUUUAUGUACAGAAGCAACAUUUAAACUGUUAUAUUCAUUUUAGAUUCUAAGCGAAGUGAGAUAUUGUUUUAACAAUGAUGUUUGUUUUUUUUUUCUGUAAAUAACUUUUCUAUCAGAAAUUUUGCUACAAUUUUCAAAAGUAGCAUCUUCUCUCAAAGUCUCAGAGGUUUUAAUAAUAAACUGGUAAAUUUACGAAAUAUAUUAUUUUAAAAACUUAAAUAUUACGUCUUUUAAAACAUGUAUAACCAAACUUCGCUCAGAAUCAUUUUUCUUUAGCAAUGAUUAAUCUUGUGUCUUUGUUUGGGAACCACUGCUUUAGUAAAAACUAAGAUUACCUGAGGUUGGGUUCUUAACUAUUUCACUUUUGCAUAGAUAUACUUAUGAAGAAAUAAAUAAUUAAUUUUUUUUCAGGAAAUUAUCAAAAAAGAACCAAUUCCUUCUCAUGAGAUUCAAAUUAAAAAUGAAUCGUUUUAUGGACACGAUCCUCAAUUGAAUUGUAAUGUAUAAAUUAAUUAAUCUUUGGAUAAAAUUGGUUUAGAUUAAUAGGACAAAAAUUUUGAAAUUUUAGUAGUUAUUAAUUUACAUAACAUAGUUAAUUUAUUAUCACAGAAAUUAUAUAAACUUCCUUGAUAUCUCAUAUUUAUAUUAAAAUUAAGAUUUGUCAAAUUUUGAUUGAAACAGUUUAAACUACAAUAACCAUUUGGUGUUAGGUUAAACUAUUUUGUAUAUGUAAGUUUUAACGAAAAACAAUUUGAAGAUGUCUGAAUUUCAGACAUUUACCAUAACUAUAUAUUAGCUUUAUUACCCAGCUUAGCCCUUACACAAUAUUGAAGGAGGGGAAAUCAGUUCUCCCUAUGAAAGCAAUUAUAAUAAAUAUAAAAAACUGACAUUUUUGUAUUUUAAGAACAAAUUUCCUGUGUGAGUCUUUUUGGGGGUUGAAUUUACAAUUCAAAACACUCUUAAAUCUCAUGAAACUAUUAAUAACAAAUUGUGAUAUCAAAAAAAUUGGUGGAUCAGUUUCUGAAUCAAUUUAAUCAUUGCCUUUUAUUGAUCAUGUAGAUAUAAUGAAAAUAAUGUUCAAAAUUAAAUGUUUAUUUAUCUGUGUGUUAUAAAUAUUUAUUUAUUUAGUUUGUUUCUAUAAUUUACAAAUUGUUUAAUUGUAAUUUAUUGUCUUGGAAAAAAAAAAUUUAUUUCAUAAAUAUCAAAUUUUUUUUAAAUAUCAUUAAUUUUGUAUUCUUGAAAUCACCAAUAAUAUUACUUUCAUUGUUAUCAUUUGACUAAGAGAGUGAUGGAUUAUAGAAAAAAACAUCUAUACUGACUGUACAAAUAUUAAAUAUAAUUUGUUUUAUUUAUAGUAUCUUCUAAAAAAUUUUUACUUGGCUGUGUAUUUCUAAUUGUGGAAGACUUUAAUCAAUGUGAAGAUAUAUGUAAUGAUACAUCUAUGUCCAAGCUUAAUAUUAUUGAACAUGGCGGAUCAGUUGAGCAAGUAUAUUCAUCCCGUAUAACACAUAUAGUUUGUGGAACCCAAAAAAACUUUAAUGUUGAACAAGUAAAAUAAAUAUUUUAUAUUUUAUAUACAGUAUGUUUCAUUGAAAUAAUAACAAAAAAUAUUUCCAUAGCUUCUAUCAAAAAACAUACAAGUUAUCAAAAUACUUAUUUUUAGCUAUUUUCAAAAUUAUAACUCUUACAAUAAACAAUACUUUUUUUUUUUUUAACCUUAAAAAUUUAGAGAAAAAAACUUCUAUAGAUUAAACAAAUAUGAUUUUCUUUAUUUUACAUAUAAUUCAAAACUAAUAUUCAAUUAGUUUUUUUGCCAUAAAUCAGAAGUCAAAUAUCUCUAUUUUAAAAGUCCUUUUUUCAGAACAUACGUUUUCAUUUGGAUAGAUUUAGGGAAAAUAUCUGUUACAAUUUGAGUGGAACACUGUAUAAUAAUUAUAACUUGAUUAGUUAUAUUUUUAUUUAUUUAUUGUAAAUUGUUUUAGGGCGUGCAAGAUGGCAAAAGAUGUAUAACUGAUUUCUGGCUUACUGAUAUUAUCUCUCAAAAAAAAAUGUUACCUCCUUGGUUAGCUCACCAUUUUCCAACACCAUACAGGUAGAAUAAUUUUGUUUUUUUUUGUAUUUAAAAUACAAAAAUCUAGAUUUGAUGUAAUUGGAAUAUAAAAAUUUAGAACUAAGGUCAUUCAUAUAUUUUUAUAUAUUUAAAAAAAAUAUAAAAUAAUUAGAUAGUUAUUUUUUAUGUAACAAUAAUUGUGUAACUUAAAGUUAAAAACAAAUAAAUCGUUGAAUAAUUAUUUAACUUUAUUUUAGUGAAGAAGAUUUACCUUGCCGGCAAUAUCAAAUAGUAAUUGCCAAUUUUGAUUCAAAUGAAUAUCAUAAAGUUAAAUUAAUAGUUGAACUUACUGGUGCUAACGUUGUCAAUGAAGUAACUUCAAGCGUUGAUAUUGUUGUUACUCUAAAGUAAAUAUUUUAAAUUAAUAAUUUGUUUUAUUAUUAACCAGAGUAUGAAUUAAAUAUGUGAACUUUUCAUAAAAUGUGUAUUCCUUGUAUUUUAAUGAAAAUAUAUAAAAAAAAUUUAUUUCAAUGUAUCUCUUAUUCAAACAUCACAAUUUGUUAGGUUACCAAGUGUUAUUAAAAAUGGAAUCAGAAAUAUAUAUUUAAAAAGAAACCUAAUAUCUAAAACACGUGUACCACUGUAAUAGGUGAGAAAUUUGGCUUGAAAGGUUUUAUAUGCAUAAAAUGUGUAUAAUUAUUUAAUUUAUAUUUAUUUCAAUAAUACAUAUGCUAAUGAAAAACGAUUCUCACCUAAUUACGAUUAAACAUAUUUUUAAAUUUCUUUGAAAGUUCUUUUUUGAGCUGUAAUAACUGUCACACUGCACUAUUAAACGAACAGACGGCAAAUAACUAAAACUGAAAUCUAUUGUAUGGAUUUAUCAAGGUUCAAGUUACUGAUAGUUUCCUGUAAUGGUUGGGUUUUAAGAAAAAGUCAUAAGUGAAAAAUAAUCGCAACGAUAAACUACAUAUUUUUAGUACUAAAUUUUGAUAAGAAACUUUGAGAUGUCUAAAUCUUAUUUAUCCAAUUAAUUUUUGAGUUGACUAGAUUAUUUUAGUAUUAAAUGUUAUUAUUAUUUGAGAUAUCAAGAAUUUCUAGUUAUCAAGGUUCAAGUUACCGAGUAUCUACUGUAGUAAUUUGAAACUACAAUUAUUUUUACCAAAUCACAAUAGAAAAUAAAUAAAUUUAACCAAAACAAAAUUAAUUUCAGAAAGGAUACAUUUAAAAAUCAGAGUAAGAUUAUGGCAAAAAAGUUCCUUUUUGAUAAAAAAAAAAAAAACAAAAAUAUUUUUAACAAAUACAAAAAUUGUUGAUUAACUUUUUCAAAACAAAUUAUUUUAUUUUUAUAGGUUUGAGGGUACAUUAGUUGAAACUGCUCUAGCUUUAAACGUACCAGUGGUCAAUGUUCAAUGGUUAAAUGAUAUACUUUGUGGUGCUCAAAUUGGUUUAAAAAAUCCUAAGAAUAAUAAAUAUCAACACUUUGAUUUAUUUGAUCCAUUUGCAGUGAAUUAUGAUAUGGUAUCACAUUUAAUGGGUAUGUCAAAGAUAUAAUGUUUUUAAAAAGGCUAACUAAUUAUUGUAUAAGUAAAUAUAAUAAUCCAAAUAAAAAGACUCAAAUAUUUAACUAAUAUUUUUUUUUUUUUUAGAGGCUUGGAAAACACCAGUUAUUUUUCUUAAAAACGAAGAAGUGUAUGAUUUGACUAAAAGUCCAACCAAUUGUAAAAGAAAGAAAACAAAUGAUUAUCCAGAGGUAAUAAAUUUAGAUGAUGAAGAUGAUAAUGAUGACGAAGCUAUAAUCAUUACUUAUUUUAAGAAUAAAGACCAACCAAAAAACCCAUGUGUAAUAUUUUGUGGGUUUACUAUGACAGAGCAAGAAGAACUGAAAUUGGUAUAAUUUAAUUAAAUAUGUUCCAUUGAAUAGUUUUAAGAUUGUGAAGUAUUUUAGAUUGUACUACAACUUGGUGGCAAAAUGGCCACUCAGUACAAUGACGGAACACAUUUGGUAAUGAAAGAACCUUUAAAAACAAUACCGUUUUUGUGUUGUCUUUCAACUAUAAAUCAGAUCGUAAAUGCACAAUGGUUAAGAGAUUCACAACUAAUUUCAGAGUUUAAAGGUAAUGUUAUAAUUAAUCAGUAUAGAUUAAAAAAUCAAUAAGACUUAAGAUUAAGGUAAAAUAAAAUCAAAGCUAAUAUUUUAGAUGCAAAGUUAUUAGUUUUGCAGUUUGUUUUUUUUUCGAAACAAUUUUUCUACUCUUAGUUUUAAUCUUAAACUUCAGGAGUGUUUUUUGAUACCAAAUUUUAACUAGUUGAGUUAUCCAUUAAGGUUAUUUUUGAUUUUUUUCUUAACAAUAAUUAACUAACAUUAUUUUUUAUUUUGGUUUCUUAUUAUAUUAUAAUUCUGGUAAAAUCAUCGUAAAAUGUUGAAAUUUUUAUAGAAGCAAAUAUUUUUAAACAAAAUAUGACUACCUUCACUUAUAUUAGCUUAUAUUUUAAUUUAAUUCUUAAACAGUUUAUUGUUUAGUUGUUAUAUUUAUAUUAUAGUAUUAUAAUUAUUAUUUUACACAUUAAGGAUGACUUAUUAUUGGUUUUUUAAGUCAGUAAUUUUAUUACAUUUAAUAAUAAUAUAAAGGGAAAUUUAUUUAGCACGUUUAAUGCUGGCAAUAUUUUUUUAUUGAGCUGUGUCAUUAUUAAUAAGAACACUAUGUGACGACCGCACCGUAGAUAAAACCUUGUUGUUAUCAUAAAAAUGGUGGAAAUCCAAAAUCAACUACAUUCAUCUAUUAACAUAUCUAUACUGGAUGGUCAUACAUCUUCAACUAAAUAUUUUAGAACAAUGUUUUUCAACCUGGGGGUCGCCAAUAUUGCCAUGUAUAUAUAUAAUAGUCUCUAAAAAAAUAAAUAUUAAUUUAAGGGGUUGCUACAGUAAAAAAAUUGAGAAACACGGUUCUAAAACAUUUCAGAAACACAUAAAACAUUAAACCAUUUGAGCAAGCUUGAUUGUAAUAAGAAAGUGUAAUUGUCACUGGCUUUGAACAUGUUAAUUCAUCAAAUUUGUAGAAAAUCAUUUGUUUAAAUUAAAAACUGAGUGAUUAUUUUUAAUUUUGUAACACAAUGAUAUUGUGUAACCAAUAAUAUUAAUAAUCAGAUUAUAUUUUCCAGACGAGGUGGACUAUUGUUUUCAAGAAAUAUUUGAUGGAAAUACUAUGGUUUGUAAUGUACCUAAUGUUCUUGCAAAUUCACGUCGUUCCCAAUUAUUUAAAAAUUUAACAUUUUUUGUAACUCCUGGAAUUCAAUCUCCACCAUCCACUUAUAUUAAGGAAAUUAUUAUUUCUGCUGGUGGUACAAUUGAAACAAUAUUAAGGUCUGAGAAUGCAAUCAAUAGUCUGCCACCAAACCAUUAUUUUAUAAUCUCAUGUUUAGAAGAUGCUUGUUCAAUCCCGGAUAUACUUGAAAUUAAUCAUGGUAUUAUUUUAAACUUCAUAGUAAAUAUGUUAUAAAAAUAUAAUACAUUUUAAUUUAUAUUUUUUCAGUUAUUUAUUCAUCUGAUUUUGUUACAAAUUCAGUCAUGAAACAGUCCAUUGAUUUCAAAGAUAAUUAUUUAUCAAUAUCAUCCAACUGUAAUAUUAUGCCAAUAUUAAAUAUUUAA